AUGGCAUACUUCAAAUUGUCUGGAGACUCUUGCUUCACACCAGCUGAGGCAGUGAAGCUCGCUGCUAGAAUCAAUGAUCUUCAUUCAGUAAAGGUCGAACUUAAGGGUGUUUGGGUUCAUUAUACUCAUCUGCGCCAUUCUGAUCCCGAUACUGAGGCCAAAAUCAAACAACUUCUUCCGGGUGUUUUGACUUCAGAUUCAAAGGCAAUACUGGCGGAUAAGCCGGGAAGCAAGAUAUAUUAUAUUACUCCGCGGAAUCUUUCUCCUUGGAGUUCCAAGGCCACAAAUAUCGCACAUGUAUGCGGUCUUCAAUCCCAAGUUCAACGAAUCGAAAGAGGUCGGGCUAUAUUGAUACAAUUCGCGGAUCCAUCCGAGGCAGAGGGAGAGGAUUUGCCAUUCAAAGAUGUGCUUUACGACCGCAUGACUGAGAACAUUAGUGCCGAAGAACCAGAUGUGCACAAGAUAUUCGAAGAAGGGGAGCCAAUUCCCCUGGAAGUUGUUGACCUUUGGGUAGACGGUUCAUCACCAAUCGAAAUUUUGAAAGCAUAUAACGUGAAGCGUGGUCUAGCUUUAGACGCACCGGAAAUGGAGUACCUUGUGGAGAAAUACACUCAACACGGAAGAUCCCCUACCGACGUUGAAUUGUUUAUGUUUGCGCAGGUCAAUUCUGAGCAUUGUAGACAUAAGCAGUUUAAUGCGAACUGGACAAUUGAUGGCAUGGGCAGGGAUAGGAGUUUAUUCGAAAUGAUUCGAAACACUCACAAGAAAAAUCCGGAUUAUACCAUAUCAGCGUACAGCGACAAUGCCGCCGUGUUGCAAGGAGAGAUGGCAAGUCACUGGGCCCCCGAAUACUCUACUGGUAGCUGGAAGCAGACCCCUGAGGUCGUGCACAUUGUAGCAAAGGUCGAGACUCAUAACCAUCCUACGGCAAUUUCACCUUUCCCGGGAGCAGCAACUGGUUCUGGCGGAGAGAUCCGAGAUGAAGGUGCCGUUGGUAGAGGAUCCAGCCCGAAAGCUGGUCUUUGUGGAUUCUGGGUUUCAGACCUGUUGAUUCCUGGACACAAGCAACCGUGGGAAAUGGAUGUUGGUAAGCCGGCACAUUAUGCCAAUAGUUUGGAUAUCAUGUUGGAGGCACCAAUUGGUAGUGCCAGAUUCAAUAACGAAUUUGGUAGACCUUGUCUUGCUGGCACGUUCCGUACUCUUCUCACAGAUGCAGAUGCCUCAACGGAUGAGUGUCGUGGGUAUCAUAAGCCCAUCAUGAUCGCCGGUGGACUCGGUACUGUCAGACCAGUACACGCUCUCAAGAAUGGCAAUGAUGUGAAACCAGAAGCUCAUGUAAUUGUUCUUGGUGGCCCAGCAAUGUUGAUUGGUCUUGGUGGAGGCGCAGCCUCAAGUAACACAUCUGCUGGAGAAAGCUCAGUGGAGCUUGACUUCGACAGUGUGCAGCGAGGAAACCCAGAAAUGGAAAGACGAGCUCAGAUGGUGAUUGAUCAUUGCAGAGCCAUGAAGGACGAAAACCCUAUCGCGUUCAUCCAUGACGUAGGAGCUGGUGGACUGUCCAAUGCUUUACCCGAACUUGUAAAUGAUGCCGGCUACGGUGGUAAAUUCGAAUUGAGAAAUGUUGAAAGCGCAGAUGGUAGCAUGAGCCCCCUACAAAUCUGGUGCUGUGAAGCCCAAGAACGCUACGUCUUGAUUGUCAAUAAGGAAGAUCUUGCUAGGUUUACCAGCAUUGCUAAGCGUGAACGAUGUGGCUUCUCCAAUGUCGGAACUGUUGUCCCUAAAGACCAAGAUGGAGUUGCCAAACUUGUGGUGACUGACCGCGACUCGACAGAGCACCCUACACCAAUCGAUCUUCCUAUGUCUACCUUGUUCCCUAAAGACAGGAAAUUGGACAGGAUCGUGAAGUCCAGGAAGCCACAGCUUCUUCCAUUCAACGCAGAGAAGUCUCUCAGGGAAGCUUAUCCCCAAAUUCCUGAUCAUGAUCUCCUAAGAAUGGCGAUCGAGCGUGUCCUUUCUCUGCCCUCCGUUGGAUCCAAAUCCUUCCUCAUUACUAUCGGCGAUCGAACUGUGGGAGGUUUAACAGUUCGAGACCAAAUGGUUGGGCCAUGGCAAACUCCUGUUGCAGAUGUAGCUGUCACGGCUACUGCUCUUAACAUUGGUGGCAAGCUUAAGACCGGUGAAGCUAUGGCUAUGGGUGAAAAGCCUACGCUGGCUUUGAUUUCGGGUCCAGCUUCCGCUAGAAUGGCUGUUGCCGAAAGUUUGAUGAACAUUGGAGCAGCACAUCUUCUGGGUAACCUACCCCGUAUCCGUUUGUCCGCAAAUUGGAUGGCUGCAGUAAACCAACCUGGUGAAGGUGCAUCUUUGUAUGAGUCAGUCCAAGCAAUUGGAAUGGAUCUUUGUCCUAAGUUGGGAAUCAGUAUCCCAGUCGGUAAAGAUUCGACAUCAAUGAAAGCUUCAUGGAAGGAUCAAAAGACUGGAGAUUCGAAGACAGUUACGGCUCCUAUGACCGUAGUCAUCUCUGCCUUUGCACCAGUAGCGAAUAUUCGUAACACAUGGACACCUGCACUUCGAAGACUUGAAGAUGUCGGAGAAACUAUACUAAUGUAUGUUGACCUUGCCCAAGGUCACAAAGCUAUGGGUGGAUCGGCACUUGCGCAAUCUCUCGGUCAAAUUGGAGAUGAGGCACCAGAUGUUAGGGACUCUGAUCUCAUUAUUGACUACUUCGACGCAUUGCAACAAUUACAUGAGUCUGAUGUUGUAUUGGCCUAUCAUGAUAUCUCCGAUGGUGGUUUAUUGACUACGAUCGCCGAAAUGAUGUUUGCUGGACGGUGUGGUGCUGAGAUCAUGCUCGAUGGAGUAUCCAAAAGCUCAUCCUCAUCUCAUGUUAUCGAAGCUUUAUUCAAUGAAGAACUUGGAGCUGUUUUUCAAGUCCGAAAAUCGGAUGAGGUUAAUUUCAGGAGAUGUUUUGCUACUUGCGGGCCUCCUCCAGGACUCAUUAGAAAGAUUGGACGAGUCCCAGCUGCAUCGAAACAGCAACUCGCCAUUCGUCACGGACAGAAGUCGAUCUUACACAUGUCUAGAUCUGAUCUCCAACAACAAUGGACCAGAACAUCUUACCAGAUGCAACGUCUUAGAGACAAUGUUGACUGUGCUGAUGUGGAGUUUGAGAACAUCAAAGAUGAUCGCGAUCCUGGUCUCCACUAUACCCUUACCUAUGAACCUAAGGAGAAGAUUCUGCCACUAACAGCAUCAAUCACAUCCACUUUUGCAAAAGCACCUCGUGUAGCUAUCCUCCGUGAACAAGGAGUUAAUGGUCACGCCGAAAUGGCAUUCGCGUUCAAGGCUGCAGGAUUUGAUCCUAUUGAUGUGCACAUGACUGACAUUAUCUCCGGCCACUAUUCUCUCGCCAAUUUUGUUGGUAUUGCUGCCUGUGGUGGUUUCUCUUAUGGUGAUGUCCUCGGUGCCGGUCGCGGUUGGGCAAAUUCCAUUCUUAUGCACGAGCAAAAAGCCCGACCAGAGUUUGAGAAUUUCUUCAAACGUCCAGAUACUUUUGCAUUGGGUGUAUGCAAUGGUUGCCAGAUGCUUAGUCGUAUAUCCGAAUUGAUACCGGGUACUUCUCAUUGGCCUGUGUUCGUUGAUAACCAAUCUCAGCAAUUCGAAGGUAGAGUCAGCAUGGUAAAGAUUCAAGACAACGCCAAAAAGCCAUCUGUGUUCCUUCACGGCAUGAAUGGAAGUUCCCUACCCAUCGCCGUUUCUCACGGUGAAGGUCAAGCUUCUUUCAAGAACGAUACCGACUUGGCAGCCAUGAACGCAGAUAACCUCAUCCCAAUCAGAUAUACCGACAACUUUGGUAAACCAACCAUGAGAUACCCAUACAAUCCAAACGGUAGUCCUGAAGGUAUAGCAGCAGUUAGAAGUUUGGAUGGAAGAGUAUUGGCUAUGAUGCCACAUCCUGAGAGAACAAUCAUGGCAGAUGUGGGUAGUUAUGUGCCAAAGGAGAGUGUAGAGGAAUGGGGAGAGUUUGGACCCUGGGUGAGAAUGUUCAAGAGUGCUAGAAGAUGGGUUGGUUGA